GUAGCCAUGCGCCUCAAGUCUCCGAUUCAUUUCUUCUCCCCCUCCCCUCUUGAUUUUCCUCUUUUGGGAUUUUUUAUUUUGAAACCCUCUGUCUCUUGGAGUUUACUGGAGUAGAAGGGAAAGCAAGUGAUUGGACACUUGUCUCAUUAAUUGCCGCAACCGACAUUAACCCUACCCAAUUAAUUACUCCAGUAUAAGUAGUUCCUAACAGAAUGGAAGCAAAAAGAGAAGUCCAGUUCGAAUCGAGCGAAUUCGUUUCCCUCCCCUCCCCUCCCGUCCCCUCCCGGCUCCUGGGCAGGCCAGCAAGCAGCCCGUCCCGUCCCGUCCCUUCCCUAUAUAUUCUGACGCCCAUCCUGCCUCGCGGGCCUCGUGAGAAAGGGGUCGCGGCCGAGUUGGAGAUGGAUCCAGAAGAGGGGAGCAAGCGCGCUUGUGCGGCUGAUGAUAGCACGGACACCGUCGGCCUCACAGCGGGAUGGGCAGACAUUCCCCGCGAGCUGCUUCCAGUUGUGCUCUCCCGCCUGCCAUGUCCGGUAGAUCGUCUCCGGUUCUCCGUCGUCAACAAGAAAUGGCACGGGUUCUUGGAACAACACCGUCGUGAUCUCCAUCUUCCUCCACUACUCCCGUCAUUGGUGCUACCGUCGUCUUCUCCAGAGCACCCUCUGGUCCACGUAACACAGGGAGGGAACACCCGGCGCCUCGGACUCCCACCAGACAUCAAGCAGAGAGCAAGUUUCUGUGGAUCCUACCAAGGGGGGUGGUUCGUCCUCGCUCUUGAUGGACCACUGGACAACAGACUGUUCAACAUAUUCUCCGGCGUCAGCAUUCCGAUGCCAACGACGACAAUGGUGGACGGGCGUGCACGAUAUAUCCGAGUUGAGGCAGCAGCUCUCUCAGGGUCGCCAGUUCUGGACCCACCAUACAACUACACCAUCGGCGCGAUUGCAAGGAUCCAGGGCAAUGACUUCUCUGGCAUUGCACUAUGGGACCCGUCCAAGGAGCACUGGACGUGCAUUGACUGGGAUCUCAUCCCAACGCACAGUCUGGAUAUACACGAUGUGGUAUACUCCAAUGGCAGCUUUUACUUCCUCAACUCUUAUGAGAACAUGGAGAGAAUUGGAGCUCAUCCCAACCGUGAGGGAGUCCCACCCCCACCCCGUCUGGAGAUUUAUGUCGAGAAGGAUUGGGAGAUAUAUGAUGAGGAACACCCGGAGAACAUGACAGUCCAGCGGUAUUUGGUUAAUCUUGGAGGUAUGGAGGAGGAUAAUCCUUUCCUGAUGGUGCUCAAGUAUCAAGAUGAGCCUACGCAACCCACUUCCUCUGUGCGCAUGUUCAGGCUAAGCGAGGUUGAUGAACCUGACGCUCCAGAGUACCCUGAGGAUGUGGAGCCCCGUCUCCACUGGCAUGAGCUAGAUCCCAGCUCCAAGUCGGACCAUGAGUUUUUCCUUGAGGCCAAGCUCAUAUUCAUUGGGCGUGGUUGCUCCAGGAUCUUCAAUGCCAGUGAUUUUGAGGAUCUCGACGACAAGUUCCGCACCGGAGUGUCCAUUUUCUUCUACGACGACCGUGGCGUCGAGGACCAAGAAUGCUUCCUGCGUGGUGACAUGGGAAGAUUCACUCUGCCGGAGGCCCAAGUUGAGCCGUGGCCGCCGGUCGGCAGCCAAGCAAUCGGGCCACGGUCGCGCAAGUUCCCUCCUACCUGGUGGAUUCACUGAUAUGUUGACCCAGAUUGGGGACUGAACAUUAUUCCCUCUCUGCAACUUAGUCCUCUGCUUCCAUUGAGUAGGCCACUAGGGCAACAGAGAUAACGUGCUGCAAACUGUUAUACUAGCAGGCAAAAGACCGCGCCCAUGGGAAAGCCAGUGUGAGUGGCUGUUGCUGCUCUAGUUAAGAAAAUGGAAUGGGAAACGGGAGGCACCAGCAGAUCGAAAAACAGUUUUGGCUGGGGGGCUGUUUUCAUGUGUGUCCUCGUAUGUUGUUUUGUUGCAGGCAAUGGGCUGAACCAUUUGUUGGAUACUGAUCUAUACAUUGUUCAUUUGUAACUAAACCUUUUUUGGAUCAAUGCAAGCUUCCAAUUCGGGUU